AAGCACCUCCCACUCCCCCGAACCGGCAGCAGCAAGUUCUUCCCAUGCGGCAGUGGAAUCUUUAUUCAAACAAGAGAUGUUUCUGAGUUGUAAAGAGGAUUUAUUUCACAGCGAGUCUGACAGUCGUCAAUAGGCUUUAAAAAUAUAUACUUUUGACAUAAGGCAGCUUAUUCUUUUUUUUUUUUCCCGAGGGCGGAAAUAUCUCAUCAGUUAAGGUCUACAUUUAUCCCGCGCGCGCCAUCGAAACGUUACGUUCUGUGCGCGCACUAAUUAGCUUAGUGGCUAGCGAGGACCGUCAUUCUUCACUGGACUGACAACUGCAGCGUGUGGAUGUACCCCUGCUCAUCUGCAGUUACACUUGCAAAAUGGCUGUCUUUUCCCUCUGCCUGAUGGCUCAGCGCCCAGAGAACAGCAACAGAUCUAGUUUAAUUACAGGAUAGCAAUAAGCCCUCAUAACUGUUUACCUUAAUUGUUUUCUGGUCACUCCCAGAUAAACCUUUUACGAGUUUGCACUGCAAAAUCUCAGAAAGCCUGUUUAAGACAGGUGAACCUGAGGAGAAGCUACUUAUUUAUUAUACCUAGUACCUCUUUAUUUUACUAGCUGCUGUCUAGAAAUAGCAUUAUAUUGCUAUUUUGACAUUCAUUCCCUUUAAGAUUGUGAACCAAUCCCUUAAUAGCAUACAAUCAUGGUUUCAACAACUGCAAUUGCAAUAGUACUAACCAGUACAGUAGGGCUGGCAGCCCACACUCCUUUGACAGAGUAUAUGUGGCUACUGAUUGUCGGCUUCCUCAUCGCCUUCAUCUUAGCCUUUUCCGUGGGUGCCAAUGAUGUUGCCAAUUCAUUUGGCACAGCUGUCGGCUCUGGAGUGGUCACCUUGCGACAGGCGUGCAUUCUGGCCACAGUGUUUGAGACGGUGGGCUCUGUGCUCCUUGGGGCCAAAGUGAGCGAAACCAUCCGUAAGGGUAUCAUCGACGUCAACAUGUACAGCAACGGCUCUGAGCACGUGUUGAUGGCUGGAUCUGUCAGUGCCAUGGUUGGUUCUGCUGUGUGGCAGCUGGCCGCCUCCUUCCUUAAGCUCCCCAUCUCUGGAACACACUGCAUUGUUGGUGCGACUAUUGGCUUUUCGCUGGUUGCCAAAGGCCAGCAGGGAGUCAGGUGGCUUGAACUCCUCCGUAUCGUUGCUUCGUGGUUCCUGAGUCCCCUUUUGUCUGGAAUAAUGUCAGCCAUUGUUUUCUACAUUGUGCGCAUGUUCAUCUUACGCAAGAAAGACCCUGUACCCAAUGGACUGAAGGCCCUGCCUGUCUUCUAUGCUAUUACCAUGGGGAUCAACCUGUUCUCCAUCAUGUUCACUGGGGCUCCGAUGCUGGGAUUUGACAAGAUCCCGUGGUGGGGCAUCCUGCUCAUUUCAUUGGCCUUCGCUGUUGUCACCGCCCUUGUGGUCUGGUUCAUUGUCUGCCCUCGCCUCAAGAAGAAGAUUGAACAAGAUAUGAAGUCCUCCAGCCCCUCUGAGAGCCCCCUGAUGGAGAAGAGGGAGCUGAGAGAAGCCCCUUGUCCAAUCCUGAAAGACACUGCCAAGGACACAUCUACGCCCAUCACCCCAGCCAUCAAUCAAAACCCCUCUGUUCAACACCACGCGCCCUCCGAGGAGCGCAGGGUGGCGUUUGACAUCGGAGAUUGUGACGAUGUCGACAAUAAUAAGGAACGCAGGGUGGCAUUCAACAUUGGAGAUUCGGAUGACACAGACUACAGCAACGCAAAUGGGGCUCCUAAACAGGUUGAGUCAAACGGUCAAGUCCAGGUCCACAACCAGCAAACUCAGCACAACAACGGGUCUGCAAAUCAGGUUCAGUUCAAUAAUCAGGCUCAGUUCAACAGGCCAGCACAGACACCAAGUAACGGUUACAGCCAGUACCACACGGUCCACAAAGACUCUGGCCUCUACAAGGACCUACUGCACAAGCUCCACCUGGCCAAGGUGGGCGACUGCAUGGGCGAGGGCAACGACCGACCUAUCCGGCGCAACAACAGCUACACCUCCUACACCAUGGCGAUCAUCGGCAUGCAUGGAGACUUCAAGCACAAAGGAGCCGACUUCCGCGCAAGCGAGGACAGUGACAAAGCCCCGGGGUCAGGUGGUCAGGAAAGGAAGCGUAUACGUAUGGACAGUUACACCAGCUACUGCAAUGCUGUGGCAGAGCACACGACGCCCGAGGGGCUGGGAGAGAGCGAGGUGACGGUAGAAAUUGCGAAGGAGGAUGCAGGAAGCAGCCGGAGCUCUCUGAAUGAUGACGGGCUUGAAGCAGACAAGCCAGAAGUCUCAACCCUCUUCCAGUUCCUCCAAAUUCUCACUGCCUGCUUCGGAUCCUUCGCCCAUGGAGGAAAUGACGUCAGUAAUGCCAUUGGACCGUUGGUAGCUCUGUGGCUGGUUUACCAAACUAGCAGCGUGAACACAGAUUUAUCCACGCCCAUUUGGAUCCUGCUGUAUGGUGGCGUUGGCAUCUGUGCCGGACUCUGGGUGUGGGGUCGCAGAGUGAUCCAGACCAUGGGCAAGGACCUCACCCCCAUCACCCCCUCAAGUGGUUUCAGCAUUGAACUGGCCUCAGCUGUGACUGUCGUGGUGGCCUCUAACAUUGGCUUGCCUGUCUCCACCACCCACUGCAAGGUCGGCUCUGUGGUUGCGGUAGGAUGGCUGCGUUCAAAGAAGGCAGUAGACUGGCGUCUGUUCAGAAACAUCUUCAUGGCGUGGUUUGUGACCGUGCCCAUCUCCGGCCUGAUCAGUGCUGCCGUCAUGGCAAUCUUCAUCUAUGGCAUCUUGUAGGCCCCCUAGUCCCACGCAGGGGAAGAGAUGAGGAUUGACAUUGGAAGGCCAAAAUACAUUGCUUACCUCAAGCCAACAACUUAAGAAGAAAAAGGAGAGAGAGAAAAAUUGAAGUGACUUGUGAUAUGGGCUUGUGGUUCUUGGCUGCAUCGUUUCCAACCUAGAAUUUGCUCUUUGUUCCAUUUGGCCCACACAACCUCACGUGGGACUCUUGCAUUUCUUUGUUCUGACUUGCUUUUUCAUAUCUCAUCAUUCUGUACAGAGUGAAUCUAAAAGCAUCUACUGAUUUUUUUUGUUGUUGUUCUUAUGCUCAUUCUUCCAUAAUUUUUUUUACUUUGAAAUUGUGUAUAUACAACCAUAAUGUUUUAAUUUUGUUUUACACGAUAGAAAGAACUGAACAAUUAUGAUGCAGUAUUAGCCUUUUGCAUAUGUAACUCCCAUCAUAACAUAUGCUGAAAGUAAUGUAGAUGCAAAAGGGGAAUAUUUAGGUUAAAAAAAACGAGGUUAUUGGUGUGUAUGCGUGUUUUUUCCUAAAUUCCAAGUAUUUGUUGCUAAAUAAUCAAUAUUUUCUAUCUGGCUUCCUUGUCUCCCCCUAAUAAGGGCAUACUAUGUCUGCUGUUACAGAGCACAGUCGUCUUCUAGCCAAAUCUAGAUUUCAGAGAGGGUUAGGUGAACACGUUUAAUGACAUACUCACGGGACUACAGUUAGUCUGUAUGAUACAGAUAUAUAUAUAUAUAAAUUAUUUGCUGUGGUAGAAGCAAUCAUAAACACUGGAUACCAAGCAGCAGAAUGAUAUCAGAAAUCAUGUGUUGUCAGCGUGUGGAGUCGGCACACGUCAGGACACGACAGGACACGACUAAGCCCUUAUGUUAAAGUGAAUGGUCUAUGUGCUCUCCAGUACCUUUAUUAGAAUCUCCUGAGGCUCCGUACUUAACCGGUGCAGAAGUUACUGCCUGAAAUUUCUUCCGGUUACUUGAAUUUGAGAAUUGUAGCCGCAGAACGUGAGCUCAUGCAAAAAAAGAAGCGUCCUCAGACAAGACCUUAAGUCUCCUGUUAAAACUUGAUCGCGUUGAUGGUUAAAUGCUUUAGGCCCGCUUCAGCCUUGUUCUUCUAGUUCACCUCGCGUCGGCCACCUCCGAGUCUGGUUCCUCUGUGGCUGUUGCACCUGCCCGCGACAAUCUAGGUCGCCCUUGAUUUCCACUUCUUCCCUCAGCUAGAAUACAAAUAUUUUAACUGGGGAGGAACAGGAAUUUAAAACACUGGAAGUUAUCUAAAUGGGUGGUUUGGUGUUGAGCUGAUCUGGUCCCUGUUGGAAUGCGGGCAGACCGUGGUCAUUUGGCUGCAGAAACUAAAUGCAUAUCAGACCUAUAGAUGUUGUAGUUGCCUUAAUUGUUUUAUUUUCCCUUAGAUGCCAAAGAAGGUUUUUUUUUCGUCUUUUUUUUAAAAUACACAUCAACAUACUUUGGUCCAUAUUUGUGGAUAAUAAAAAAAACAAAUAAAAUACAAAUAAAAAUGGGAAAAUACA